AUGGCCGAAGCAACACUUCACAACGCCCCCAUCGUCAUCGACAAUGGCAGUGGCACCAUCCGCGCCGGCUUCGCAGGCGAAGAAGUCCCCUCCUGCUACUUCCCAUCCUUUGUCGGUCGCCCAAAACACCCCCGGGUCAUGGCUGGCGGUCUGGAAGGCGACGUGUUUAUCGGAGACCGCGCGCAAGAACUGCGCGGCCUGCUGAAGAUCAGGUACCCCCUCGAGCACGGCAUUGUCACGGACUGGGAUGACAUGGAGAAAAUCUGGCACUACGUCUACGAGAACGAACUCAAAACCCUCCCCGAAGAACACCCCGUGCUGCUCACAGAGCCGCCGCUGAACCCGCGCAAGAACCGUGACGCUGCGGCACAGAUUAUGUUCGAGACGUUUAAUGUGCCUGCGCUGUACACUUCUAUUCAGGCGGUGUUGUCGCUGUACGCGUCUGGACGGACGACCGGUGUGGUACUGGAUUCGGGAGAUGGGGUGUCUCAUGCGGUGCCGGUGUUUGAGGGAUUCGCAAUACCAAAUAGUAUACGGCGGAUUGAUGUUGCUGGGCGGGACGUUACGGAGCAGUUGCAGUUGCUGUUGAGGAAAAAUGGACACGUCCUGCAUACCAGUGCCGAGAAGGAGGUGGUGCGGAUGAUCAAGGAGAAGGUGUGCUAUGUUUCGUUGGAUCCGAAGCGCGAGGAGAAGGACUGGAUGAACAGUUAUCACAAGUCGGAGGCGAAAUCGGUGGAUUAUGCUUUGCCUGAUGGUUACAAGAUAAAGGUCGGACAAGAACGCUACCGCGCCCCCGAAAUCCUCUUCGACCCCGAACUCAUCGGCCUCGAAUACCCCGGUGUCCACCAGAUUGUCCAAGAUGCCAUUACCCGGACAGACCUCGACCUGCGGAAAUCGCUAUAUCUCAACAUCGUUCUCUCUGGCGGUUCAACACUCUGCAAGAAUUUCCCUGACCGAUUGAUGCGCGAGAUCAAGAGACUGGCCGUGGAGGACAUGAAGAUUCGGAUUUCUGCGCCUGCAGAACGGAAGUACACUACAUGGAUCGGUGGCGGUAUUCUUGCCGGAUUGAGUACUUUCAGAAAGAUGUGGGUUAGCGCAGACGAAUGGCACGAAGACCCCGAGAUUAUCCACCGGAAAUUCGUCUAA